UUUUAUUUUUGCCCAUUUCAAAACAUUCGCUCAAUGUUGACUCAUCUGUCAAAAUGAAGAGAGCGCGCGGUAAAGUUUGAUUUUCGAUAUGCAAAUUGAUGGUGUUCUUUUGUCAGUUGUUCCAUUCAUUGUUGACGUGGCCAGCUGAUCGUUACUCACAUCCGAAUAGACUUWAAAAAAACGCUAAAAACCCGCAGAAGGACUCCGCAAAGACUAGUUUCUGGACAACGURAGUAAAGGAACUCGAAAAUGGGCUACGGUCUUCAUAAAUUCGCGGGAAAAGUCGACCCGAAUUUAAUAUGCAGCAUAUGCGUUGGGGUAUUGGAAAAACCAGUGACGACCAUUUGCGGACAUUCAUUUUGCGAGCAGUGUUUAGACACAUGGRUAGAAAGGCCACAAACUAACACAUGUCCAAGUUGCCGUGCACAUGUACUGCGAGUUGAUUUAAUUCCUAUCCAUGCGCUGAGGGGUGUAGUGGACGGUCUUCUCGUCCGAUGUGAGAACAGCGCGAACGGCUGUGAAAUGAUUUUAAAACUUGAAAAACUGGAAGUUCAUCUGGAGUCGUGCCCUUACAGUAUUAUAGAGUGUAAAGCAUGCCAUAAAGAAGUGAAAAGACUCGAUGUGAUUGAUCACCAAAACAAUUGCGAGGUUCUCCAAGCUUUAGCAGCUAAAGCAAGAGGAGAAAUGAKAAACGAUAGCUCCACUGACACCCUCUACACACAAAUCGCCGAACUCAAAAUCGACUUGGAAAACACAAAGGCGAAGUUGAUCGAGUCUGAAAACGAAGUUUCCAGAGUUGGACGUCAAUUAAAGAGGAUGAAACUUCGAAUGCAAGUUGAGGAAGAGGAAGAGCAGUUCGAUCCCMACUGGGACCCAGAAUACUCCUAUGGGUACUCCCCCUCGAGUAUAUCUCAUCUUAGUAACGUAAUUUCCAAAUACCUGCUCAACAAGCCAUAUUACGUCGAUCGUAACCGCAUUUUUAACGCUAUCAAACGUUGCCAUGAUUAUUACCAUAGUUAUGCCAGCUACACACAAGACGUACACAUGCUGCUUGCAACGGCUUUUGCUAGUAACUGGUUCACGGAAAACCAGCGCAGUAACUUCAACUGUUGGUUAACAAACCUGGCAAGGCAGAGAUUUAUUCGCUAAAAUAAAGCGAACACUUCAAAUAGUAAUAAUAAUAAAAAAAUAAAGAAAAAAGAAAAGAAAUGYUCAAUAU